AUGACUGGAACAGAGCGUAAAGUGUUCCAAAAGUAUUAUCCACCGGAUUUCGAUCCUUCGAAAAUCCCGAGAGCAAAAGGACAACGGAAUAAGUUAGUUGUCUUCUGAAAACUUUUGAAACUGAAUUUUUUCCAGGCAAUUUGUACAACGUGUAAUGACACCUUUUAAUAUGCAAUGUAACACUUGUCAUGAAUAUAUUUAUAAAGGAAAGAAGUUCAAUAUGAAAAGAGAAACUGCAGAAGGGGAAACAUAUCUUGGAUUGAAGAUUUUUCGAUUUUAUUUCAGGUUUGUAAAUAUUUUCUUGUUUCUUGGAUUGCAUUUAUUAUAACUAGCAUUUUCAGAUGUCCCAAUUGUUUGGCAGAAAUCACUUUCAAGACAGAUUUAGAGAAUUGCGAUUAUCAAAAUGAACAUGGAGCUACUCGAUUAUUCGAAGCUGUUAAAUUAUAUCAAGAUCAACAAAAACAAGUAGAAGAAAAAGAAGCAGAAGAUGCAAAAGAUCCGAUGAAAAUGUUGGAAAAACGAACAAUGAUGAGUCGACAAGAAAUGGAAGAAAUGGGAAACUUGGAAGAUUUACAAGAUUUGAGUCGACACAAAGAGGGAAUUGAUACUUUGGGAUAUUUGUCAGCAACUGAUCCGCAUGCAGCUCAAGCUUUUCGAAUUAAAAUGCAAGAAGAUGAGGAUGAUCGAUUAGCUAGGGAGAUGUUAGGAAUUGCUGAAGAUGGAAAAUUUGCGAAAAGGAUAAAAGAUGAGGAAGAAGAGGAUGAAGAUUAUGAUUAUAAUAAACCUGGGCCAAGUACAAGUUCGAUGAAACGAGAAAUAAAAUUAGAAGUGAAAAAAGAAGAACCUGAAGAGGAGGAGAAAAAGAUAGAAGAGCCCCCAAAAAAGAAGAAACCUGAUCAAAAAGAUAUUCUAUCAAAAAUGAUUGUUCUCAAAAAGAAACCAGAGGUAAUUUAUUGAAAAUCAUAAGUUUUCUCAAUUAUUUUAUUAUUGCAGAAAAUCGAAGUGACUCCGCCAGUUUCAACAACAAUCGGAGGAUUAGCCGGGUUAGCUGAUUAUGGUUCUGGAUCUGAUUCAGAUUAG